UUUCUUAUUUUUAACAACGCAAUAAAGUGUCUAUUGAGGUUAAAACAAAAUUUAAUACGUCUUGUUAAAUAAAUAAAUAAAUAAAUAAAUACAAUGCGUUCAAUUUUAAUAACUGGAUGUAACAGAGGAUUGGGAUUGGGUUUAGUUCAACAUCUAACUCAAUUACCAAAUCCACCAGAAAAAAUAUUUGCUACUUGUCGUGACAUAAAUAAAGCUGAUAAAUUACGAGAAAUCGCUGAAAGAUCAAAUAAUGUCCACAUCAUAAAAGCAGAUCUGAAAGAUUUGAAAGAUUAUGACCGAAUUGUAAAUGAAGUCAGCUCGCAUGUUGGAGAUGCUGGUUUGAAUGUCCUGUUUAAUAACGCCGCUAUAAUGACACAGUCAACAAAACUUGAAGGAGUCAAAGCUGAAGAUUUAACAGAAGUUUAUUUUGUCAAUACUGUGGUACCCAUAAUGUUAACCAAGGCAUUUCUGCCUCUGCUAAAAAAAGCCGCGACAGGAAAACAGGGUAUGGGAGUAGACCGCGCUGCUGUUAUCAACAUGACAUCUUUGAUGGGAAGCAUUGCAGACAACGGAUCAGGUGGAGCUUAUCCGUACAGAUGCAGCAAAGCGGCGCUAAAUGCCGCCACCAAGUCGAUGAGUGUCGAUCUGAAAGACGACGGAAUCCUGGUGGCUUGCAUGCAUCCGGGAUGGGUAAAAACGGACAUGGGUGGUAGUAACGCGCCAAUGGAUAUUGAUUCCAGUGUUCAGAAUAUGGUUAAAACUGUUCUAGGACUCUCUGAGAAAGAUAAUGGAACUUUUAUUAGAAACGACGGUACCAUUUUGCCCUGGUAAAAUAUUACAAAUAAAUUAUUUUCGCACUCAAAAUAAUAUUAAAUAUAAUUAAAAGAAUUUUGUAAUUUUUUAAUGGCUAAGUGGCAAAAAAAUAAUCAA